AUGAACGGCUCCGUUCCUCAUGACACGAUGGGGAACCCUGGACAUCAUCCAGCUGGGGAUACAACUGGGCAGGCAACCUAUGGCUACUCACAACCCCAUAUAAUCGACAUGUUUUUUCCGGGAUUUUCACUCUUCGCAACUGCUCUGAAGAACUACACCUCCAUCGACCUCAAUAUCUACAUCCCCAUGCUCAUGAUCCUGGGUAUGCUAGUAUUCUGUUGGCAAUAUCUCGAAGCAUGGUUCUGGGUUGAGCUUGACGCUCAUUUUAUGUCAACUGCUGAUGUUCGCAUCGAUGAUGAAAUGUAUAACAUGGUAAUGGCAUGGGUAUCUGAACAACCUUUUGCGCAACGAUCUCGUCAUUUUGUCGCCAAUACUAAUUUGAACAGUCGUAUGUGGUUUAUGUGGAACUUUAAUGAGAAUGAUGAAGAAAAAGAGGAGGAGGAUGAUGACUUUGAGAUCGACGAGGAUGGAAAUCCCGUUCCCAAGAAAGCAUCCGAAAAGGAGAAGAAAGUCCGAUUCACACCAAGCUUCGGAACUCAUUACUUUUGGUACAAGAGGAGACUGUUGCAAUUCAGACGUUCGCAGACUGCAUCAUUAAAUAAUUCGGCUGCGAGUGAAAGGGAGGAAAUCUCAAUUUCUUCCUUUGGGAGAAAUCCUCGUAUUCUCAAGGAGUUACUUGAUGAGUGCCGCCAAGCCUUCAUUAAAAACGAUGAAAACAAAACAAUCAUCUACAGAGGCGGUGCCAAGGGCGGUUCCUUCGGUGAGCCGGGCUGGACUCGACUCCUUUCCCGCACCUCUCGCCCCUUCUCUACGGUUGUCCUCGAUGACGUGGUAAAGCAGAAUAUCAUUGCCGAUAUGAAAGAUUACCUGCAUCCAUACACGAAGCGAUGGUAUUCUAAUCGUGGUAUCCCAUAUCGUCGUGGAUAUUUACUCCAUGGGCCACCUGGCACGGGAAAGAGUUCCCUUAGUUUCGCAAUUGCCGGAUAUUUCAAACUUAAGAUUUAUAUUGUAUCCCUAAAUUCCGGUUCGAUGAAUGAAGAAACCCUCAGUACACUUUUCGCUGAGCUCCCCAAGCAGUGUGUUGUACUUCUUGAAGAUAUCGAUACAGCCGGUCUUACCCACACUCGUGACGAUAACGAAGACGAAGAGGGUUUUGAAUUUGACGAAGAGGCUGGUCCUAAAUCUCCAUUGACCAAGGCAACUAAAGCUAUGGAGGCUAUGACAAAGAAAAAUGGCGGCAAGGAUCAAUCGGGUAAGAUCUCUUUGAGUGCAUUGCUCAAUGUGAUUGAUGGUGUUGCAUCGCAAGAAGGAAGAAUCCUCAUUAUGACGACAAAUCACAUCGAGAAGCUAGAUGAGGCACUUAUCAGGCCCGGCCGAGUUGACAUGACUGUUCACUUUGAUUUGGCUACUAAGGAAAACAUGGAACAAAUCUUCAAAAGUAUCUACGCAACCCUUGAAGGAGACUAUCCUGAGCUCAAGAGCUCUGAAAGUGGAUCUUCAGAUGACGGAAGUGUCAAAUCGGGAUCUUCUAGAGGGAGAAGUCCGCAGAGUGUUGUACCAGUCAACAAGCGGGGUAUGCACAAAAAGAAGCCUAGAAGUCCUUCGAAAGAAAGAAGAAUACAGGCAGAAUUAGAUCGAAUCAUUGCGGCGGAAGAGGAACAGAGAAGGAUCGAGGAUGAAGAGAGAAUAGCAAAAUUAGCGAAGCUCUUUAGUGAGAAGGUUCCUGAAGCAAAGUUCAGUCCAGCGGAAAUUCAAGGUUACUUGUUGAAGCACAAGAGAAAUGCGGAAGAUGCCGUCGAGGGAGCAGAACAGUGGGUCAAGGAGAGAGAGGAAGAGAAAGAGAGAGCGAAAUUGAAGGAGAGUGAGGAGAGAGAGAAGAGAGAGAAGGAGAAAGCAAAGUUAGAAAAGGAAAUUGAAAAUUUGAAGAGAGGAAAGGAGGCUGAAGAAGGCGAUGGGGGCGAGGAAGAUGAGGAUGAGGAAGGAGAUUCUGAAAAGGUAGUGAAAGAAGUUGAAGCCAUCAGGGAGCAGACCGAGAUGGUUAAGAAAGAGGUCGAGGCUCUUAAAGAUGAAGUCUUCGAUGGAAUGGAGAAGAACAUCCAGAAGAUGGAGAAGGCUGGGAUUAAGUUGAAGGAUAUCGAAAUGGCAACUGGGAAGAAAGACACACAUAAGUCAAAUGUGGAGAUUGUUGAGUAUGCAGAAACUGGAUCUCAGACUGCUCGAGAGCGGCAAAGGCUGCUCGCUUUCACGACGUCUUCCACAAAGAAAAGAAAGCUUUCUUCGCAGAUCGUACCUGGCAUAGAAACCGAUAGAGGCCCUGAUUUCCCCAUAUCGUCGGUGGAAGGUCGCGAAUCACAAUCCCCCACCGAUCUGCCUUUAUUCGACACUUCUGCCCAGGAAAUUCACCGUGCAGAAUCUCUACCUCCUCAUACCAUACCUUCAAAUCGCCUACCUUCUUCCCUCUUCAUUACCGGCGAUCACAUUCCUUCUGCUGCGAGUUCACCAACUGGGGCCUACGCGGACCUAUCUUUAGAUAGCGAUAAAGGCGGGGAACUCACCAGCAAUAAAAAUCGUCGACGAUUUCCUUCCGAAGCUUUCGAAUCAGAGCAACGAGGGAAAUCUCCACGGCAUAGGGCGAUCAUGGGUGGUGCAGAAGAUAUGCCGCAGAGGUCGUCGUCGCCGUUGAAACGACCAGCCUCGGAAUUAGAACCAGAUGUACCGUUGUCAAGCCAAAAGGAAGAUGUCGAUAUGGUCAUGGUGCCAGACACACAAGAAGACCCAGAGAUUGUGAUUGCAGCUCCGACCGCAAUCAGAGCAGUAUCAAUGGAUAUGCUGAGAGAUGAAUCUACCAAAGAAGAUGGUGCUCAAUCGGUGCCUGCCACUGAAAACGCUCAAAGCAUUGAUCCCAAAACAGAAAUUCCACCCAUCGACGUUCAGGUUGCGACUGUAACAAGUCUAAUUAGAGCAGCGAGAGAUGGGCCACUCACCGAAGGAGACAGAACGUACCUAGUUUCGAGGAAAUGGCUUGAAAAAGUUACUUCGAAUACCUCAGAGGCUCGAGCGAAAAGCAAGAAAGUGGUGGAAGAAAAAAUUGGGCCAGUCGAUAAUUCUAACAUCAUUCAGCAAAUCAUCCCUCAGCCUGGGCGCGAGGACUUUGUUCAACUGAAGCAUGGAAUUGGGGAAGAUUUGUUCGAAUUGUUUCCAGGUGACGCAUGGAAUAUGGUUCUAGAAUGGCAUGAUAUAGUGACGGGCACGAAACCAAUCGUUCGAUUUGCACACAACACAAACCCUGACAAAGGGCCUAAUGCAAUUGCGAAUGUGGCUUACGAAUAUCAUCCUCCAAUUUUCCAUAUCCACCGUGUGUGGUCUGAACUUGGCGAUAAAGUGGAUGCAGCCAUCAAGUCUGCAAAUCCGGAUGCGCCUGUAGUUGUUGCGAGAGGUUGCGGGGUCCCCAUCAAGCAAAAAAUACGUCUUUGGAGAGUGCCAAGAACACUACCCGCCGCGGACCCAACCCUUUCAAGUGUUAAUGGUGCCGCUACCCCUCCUUCAUCCAGACCUGGGACACCGGCAGUGGACACUAAUGGAACAGCUCCUGAAGUACAAGAUUCAUGGAAGAAGCUAUUACUGGGUGUCGCAGAUUUCACCAAGGUGGAGAGAGAUUCGGGUAGGAUGAAGGUUGAUUUUGAGGAUUCGACAGUGAACGAUAACUACAAUGGCAAUCUGAAUUUGGGCCAAUUAGGGCUUGGUGAUGAUCAAGCAAUUGUCAUCGAUGAACUUGUCGAGGGCAAAGAUGGCUUUGUUUCGAACACGAGAGCCUCGCCAAAUGGAAAAGUGAACGGCGUUGGGCGUAAAAUCAAUUCAAGCAUCAUUGUUAGCAGCCAAAAUAAUAGCGGUCGUAACAGCCCAGCACCAUCGUCUGGAUAUAACCUUCGUUCUUUUAACCGAAAAACGAAAAAUGGACGCACGCCAGGAACUGUUGGUCUUGGUAACCUUGGAAAUACCUGUUAUAUGAACUCUGCUUUACAAUGUGUUCGAAGUGUGGAAGAGCUAACAAAGUAUUUUGUGCACGAUGUGUACAAGGAAGAACUCAACAGCGAUAAUCCUCUAGGUCACGGAGGUUGCGUUGCUAAGGCAUAUGCAGAUCUUUUGAAAGAAAUAUACAAGGAGCCUGCACCAGUCUCAGUCCAACCGCGGAACUUCAAGAAUACUGUCAGUAGAUUUGCCACUCAAUUCUCAGGAUAUGGACAACAAGAUUCUCAAGAAUUUAUUGGAUUUUUACUUGAUGGCCUCCAAGAAGAUCUCAGCAGAGUGAGAAAGAAGCCGUACAUCGAGAAACCUGAUUCAACUGACGAAAUGAUCGGCAAUCCGGAAGCGAUCAGAGAAAUGGCCACCAAGGUUUGGGAUAUUACGAAGCAACGAGAUGACUCGGUGAUUGCAGACUUGUUCACUGGAAUGUAUAAAUCUACUCUUGUCUGUCCACAUUGUGACAAGGUCAGUAUCACUUUCGAUCCUUUUAACAACAUGACUUUACAAUUACCGAUCGAAAACAUCUGGACUCGAGUCGUCAAUUUCUUUCCACUCAAUGACAAACCGGUUUCCAUAGUGAUUGAGAUGGACAAGCAUGCAAGCGUUGGGACACUCAAGCGUAUUGUCAGCCAAAAGGUCGGAGUUCCAGCGGAGAGAAUCUUCUCCUGUGAGGUAUAUGAAGGAAAAUUCUACAAGUGGUACCUUGAUCACGAAGUUGCUUCAGAAGCCAUCGAAGGCGCUAAGGACAUAGCCAACUUUUACGAGUUGGAGACAAUACCUACAAAUUUGCCAAAGGAUUCGGGCAACAAGCAUACUGGUUUCAACAAGAAUAACUCUGGAGACAACGAGCAUUUGCCCUGGGACUCUCCAGAGGCCGAGAAAUUACUCGUCCCAGUGUUUCAUCGUCGUCCCAAGCGUGAAAGAUUUGGCAAAAAACCUCCUUCGGGUUCGUGGGAACUCACAGUCACACCCCAUUUCAUAGUGCUUAAUUCUAACGAGGCACGAAGCGAAGAAGCUAUCAAGCGAAAGCUUUUAGAAAAGGUGGCCACAUUCACUACAUGGCCCAGUAUCAACGAAGAAUCUGAUCCUUCUAGCGCGUCCGAGAGUAUUGAUCCAGACUUGGUUGUCACUACUGGCUCUGAUGCAGACUCAUCUGGAGACGGUAAAUUUGUUGCUCAAUCUCUGGAUGGGGAAGAUGAACUGGUCGAUGUGGCUAUGAAAGAUUCUAAUCCUGUUCCUGAAUCUACUGAGCAAAGCCCUAAUGCACCUUUGAAAGUCUUCAACAGUCGUCGGCCAAAAUGGGUGGAUCCAGCAGAGUUCCUUUCGCCCGAAUUACAGAAUCUUUUCGAAAUCUCCUACAUCGUUGACGCAAAGGGAGGUAUACCAACAGCUUGGGCUGUGAGCCUAGAGUCCACCAGGUAUCCGAAGAUAUCUGAAAGGAGCCCGCAAGUACAUCAAAUCAACGAAGAUGAUAAUUCAAACGAUUAUGAUGCUGUAGACAGUACAUCCGGAUCUGUCUCUAGUAAAUCCAGUAGGGAGAGUAGCGAUGAUACUAACGGGUUCGCUCCAAGCAUGACGAGGAUGAAUGAAGAAAACACGAGUGAUGAUGAUGCUCUGAAGCCAAUCUCUCCUCAAAGAGCUCUUCCAGUACGACCGGCUGCGCCAAAGUCGGGCGCUAGGGUAGGUCCCAAGAAUAAACGUCGCACACGUAACAUGAAAACUUACUCAAAGAAGGGCAAAUCAGUUGCACGAAAGCGAGAGCAAUCCGAGGCUGGGUCUGAACAAAAUGCUCCUGAUGAUGGCCCCUUGAUCCGCCUGGGUGAAGGAGUUGCUGUUGAUUGGAACGAAGAUGCAUGGGAAACGUUGUUUGGCAGUUACAACGAUAGCGACCACUUCCGUGGCAGACCUACUUAUGAAAAUCCUCCUACUCUCGUCGAUUCACAUCUUGAUUCAAAGCGUCAAGCUCGUGAGUCGAGAAGAAAGCAAGGUAUCACUCUCGAAGAUUGUCUUGAUGAAUUCGGCAAGGAAGAAAUUCUUUCUGAGAUGGAUACUUGGUAUUGCCCUAGAUGCAAAGAACAUCGUAGAGCAAGUAAAAAGUUCGAGAUUUGGAGAACGCCAGAUAUUCUUAUCAUGCAUCUUAAACGUUUUAGCGCUAGUGGCUUCCAAAGGAAUAAGCUUGUCGACCAUGUUGAUUUCCCAAUUGAGGGAUUGGAUCUCUCAUCACGAGUUAUUGAAGCACAAGAUGGCAAAGAAGAGAUAUACGAUUUAAUAGCUGUUGAUGACCAUUAUGGUGGUAUGGGCGGAGGGCAUUAUACCGCUUUUGCGAAGAACCUCUCUGAUCAAAAGUGGUAUGAAUACAAUGAUUCUUCGGUGUCAGAAACGAAAAAUCUUAACAGCAUGGUCACAAAGAACGCAUAUCUCCUUUUCUACCGAAGACGUUCAUCAGAACCUCUUGGUGGAAGAUUCGGGGAAGGCAGACGCCUCGGCGAAAACUCCUCCCAGCAUGGGUCGCCGAGCGCCUUGACAGGAGUCGGAGCAGCUCUCCGUCGGCCAGAACUUGGUUCGGAGGAUGGCGAGGCGAUGACGACAGUAAAUCUACAGGCUCUUGAGCGUGUUCCACUCGACAACGAUGAUAACCAAGGUGACGAACCAUUUUUCGACAAUCAUACAUACCCACCUUCAUAUAGCGACGUCCAAGCAAGUACUGAGACUGACGAAGCAAUAGACAUAUCAGAUCAAAAUAAUGUUGCACCAAGUCUUCAUCAACAAACAUGGGGUUUCCAAGCAUUUAACCAUAAUUCUCCAACAUUUGCUUCUGGUGCAGCUUCUGAAGCUGGCGAAGCUGGUAGUUUAUAUGGUAGCGAUGGGAUUGAACAUGGCUCUAAUCCAGAUCAGGCUACCAAGGAUGAGCGAGAGCUAGAGUUUAAUGCUGCCAUGGUUGAUGAAGACUAUCAAGAGGAGAACUUCAUACCUGAUACCGAUGUCGAGGGUCCAAAUCCCCUUGAUGUGAUGGCGAUAUCAAACGCUGUAAAGCAACGCAAUCGAGCAGAGCAACACAAUUACGAAAUCCCGGUUGAGACCGCAGAAGAUGAGGAGCCUGCUACAGAAAUACAUGUUGAGGAGGGUGAAGGGGUUUAG